CUCCAAAGCACCUGACAGCAUCGGUCCGCACCGUACCUGCGCCAAUCGACACUCAGCUUUUGCAGCUGAUCUGGUGAAUUUAUUUCUCGUUUUCGGAUUCUGCAAGUAGUGCACGGUGCGAGAAAAAUCGGAAAUGUUUUUUCCCAGUGCCUUCUAGUGCGGCCAUACCUCCUUAUCGCACGUUUUUCGAACCGCUCUUUAUCCUGUCCGGGCUGUCUCGCCGUGUAGUGCCGUGUGUGUGUGUCCGUCUUUUUUUUCUUCUGCUACUUCAACUCUAACUUCCCAGCACCUAGAGCCCCUCGCACCAAAAACAUCACGGCCGAAUGCAAAUCGUGCACAGGAAAUCUCGCAACUCCCAGUGGUGGUCCACGACCAGUCGGGUCGGCUCUUCCGGAGACGCUCCGUGUGAAGGUGUACGGUUUUCGUCUGCCAGCUUCUGCGACCAAUAAUUGCGUGUACCUUGUGCGUGCGUGCGUACGUGCGUGUGUGUGUUGUUGAUCGGUUUACGCCACAGUGUGCUGCACAGAAUUUCGGCAUCCGGCCUCCCUAUCUAGUAUCUAGUGGCCAUAUGAGAUGAAAAGCAAAGCGCCACACGCCACGGCAAAAUGUAAUUGUCCAGUGAAAUGUGAUGGAUGAAGCUGCAGAUUUUCCGCCAGUAAAGGAAGGAAUUUAGUGUGCAAAUGUGCAUCCUGUGAGUUCGCAUAAGCGUGUGAGCACUACCACUCGGCAGUGCUAUGAAGAAGAAAAAAUAGUUUCCUUUCGCGUGUCCCGCAUCCCGCAUCAAUACCUAUUGUGCAAAAUAAAAAAAAAAGUAAUAGAAGAAAAAGUGUGCCCCCCACAGAAAAAAGUUGCGUGAAGUAGAAAAGUGCCUCUCGUCUACGGUUUGGGCAUACUGCCUUCAUUUCGCUCCUUUGUGUUAUCCCCGUGCUUGCUCGAUUGCCCGUCGUUCCUCCGCACAAUAUUCGCUAGCCUUGUUUUCGGAUCAAGUUUUCAAUAUCCGCAAAGCCCGAAAUCUCCCCCACCCACAACAGUGCCCUAGCGUGUCCUACUUCGAUGAGCGAAGGUUAAUAGUGAAACAAGUGAGCAGAGAAAUAAUAGUGUCUUUCGCUACAAUUUUCUCGUGCGUUCGUUGGUGUGUGUGCGUGUGUUGUCUUUGUGUGAGAGGUGGCCUGAUCUCUAGCCGGAAAGCAAAAAAAAAAAGGAAGAAACCAGUGGCGCAAGGUGGUAAGGGAGAAGGGUGGUGUAACAGGUGUCGCUUGCGGGAGGAAAUGUCUCAGACCAAUUCGUUCCAACCGUGGAAACAAACGCUCCCGGUCGGUUUACCUUCGAAUCUUGGGUCCGCUAUCUUUGGAGGCACUACAGCUGUCAGUGCAGCGGCAGGCUAUGGAAAAAUACCAACGUUACCACCACCACCACCACCACCACCACCACCACAGCAACCGACCCCGUCACCAUCGUCCUCGUCGUCAUCCUCUUCAUCCCUGUCCUCCUCCGUAAGCUCGUCAACGCCGGCCCCGGGUGCGCUAGGCACACCGACGACGCCCUGCAUUCCAACCGGAGGUCCUCCGAUGCAUACUCCACUACUGACCAUCCCUUCGCCCGGAGGUGGUGCCGUGUCGUCCUCCACAGCAUCCACCGGUGGACCUGACUUUCUCGCCCAAAUGGCCGUUAACAAGCUGAAGCUGGGGAAGCUGAACGCCAGCUACGAACUGGCUGCGGCCGGUGUUGCAGCAUCCCACCCACCACAGGCGGGCGGCACCGAGCUGGAUGUGGACAUGGGUGAGGACCACGAUCCAAGUGUCGCAGCCAUGAAGGCGAUGUUGGCGAGUUCCGGGUGUCACAAUCCGGCCGCGCUUGGGGACCGAGAUCGCGAGCAGCAGAUACAGCAGAUAUUCGAAAAAUCCAUCAGUGACAACACUAAGAAGCAGAUAGUGGAAAUACUGGAGAAAAUAUCGACCCUUCGGCCGCCAGAACGUUUGCUGCUGUAUCUUCGCAUGCCGGGAGGAUAUCCGGAAACAGAUCCUUUGCGUCAGUCACAGAACCCGCUCGGGACGCGGCUAGAGAUUAAUCAUACGAUCAACUGGGUUCGAUCGCAUCUAGAGCACGACCCGAAUGUGUCAAUUCCGAAGCAAGAAGUGUACGAUGAUUAUGUAGCAUACUGCGCAAGGAUCAACAUUAAGCCGCUUUCCACGGCGGAUUUCGGCAAGGUGAUGAAGCAGGUUUUUCCCGGCAUCCGACCGAGACGGCUGGGCACGAGAGGACAUUCCAGAUACUGUUACGCUGCAAUGCGCAAGGCCACGAAACUUCCCAUCCCGAAGCUGCCCGAUCUCACCAGCGCCGGCGGCUCAAUCGAGAAGCAGUCCAGCGAAGGCCAAAGCUUCAACGAAGAAGAAUCCUGGAAGGUGGUGAAGGCGUGGGCCGAAGCGAUGCUCCCAUCCUGCUUCACCACCAUCAACGAGCUGGCCGGGUUUAUCGCGAAGAACAACCUUAACUCACCGACCGGCAUCAGCAGCCGGCAACAGUUGCACAAGAAGAUCCUGCAGCGCGAGCUGAAGGAAAAGCGAAAGCUCUCCGCUGUAGCGAUGAAGAAGCGUCGCAAGAAGCGCAGGAAGACACUCUCGACCAGCAUUUGCGAUGCACCAGAGUCCCGGAAUACCAGCACGCCGGACAGUAGCAAAACGAAACCGAUAGGGGCGUUCGGUGCGGUAGAAACGCAACAGCAGCAGCAGCGAACCGUAAGUACAAAGCAACCGCAGCAGCAACAGCAACCAACCACGCCGAUCGAUGGUGGUGCAGGCCUAAACACUUCCUGCAACGGGUCUGGCCCGGCCGGCGCGACGAGUCAGCUGCUCCAGCACAUGAUUAAGCGCGAGCAGCAGGAUUUUCUCGACGAGGACAACAAUAAUACGACCUCGGCUGUCGUCGCUGGCGGCAAGAUGAUGCUCCUGCAGCGUCAGCACCAACAGCAGCAGCAGCAGCAGCAACACCAGCAGCAGCAACAACAACAGCAUCAAAGUACAAAUCUCAACUGUGAUACUAGUAAUGGUGUCUUGGAGUCGUUCAACAAAGACCUGAUCAUGGCGGUAGCGGCCAGCGGUUUUCUUCCACCGUCAGCGACCGGUGUGUCGUCCGUUAUCGCCCACGGCACUCACCCACCGCAACAUGUGCAGCAGCAACAGCAGCAGCAACAGCAACAGCUGAUGCAACAACGGCUGCUCGAGGGCGGCAUGCGCAGCCCGCAGGACCAACAAUUCCUGCAGAAUGUGUACUGCAAAAAGGUACGCCAGGCGCAACAGCUGAAAGCCGUCCAGCAGCAACAGCAGCAACAAGCCCAAUUGCAACUGCAGCAACAGCAACAUCCGCAUCAGCCAUCCGCCGGGCACGCCCAGUCACCGCUGUUCUUUCCCAACCGGCCCACGAGCGUCCAGAAGCGGCAGCUUGCCAACAGUGUCGCAUUCGCUGGUCGGCAGAAGCGGCUGAAGCUGCUCCAGCAACGUCAGCAACGGUCGCUCGAGGCGCAGAACAACAGUGCGCCCCGGUACGACGAGCAGGGCAAUCUAAUACUCAUCGAAACGCAGGACCCGACCACCCAGGACGAGUUUAUCAUUCCGCGCGAACGGGUCAUCAGUAUUUGCAACAUGGACAAGAACGCGCUCGACGGCUAUCUGAACUGCGAGGAGGAAAACUCGCAGGAUCAAGACCAGGAGCUGUUGAAGUACUUCCCGGAGGAGGACGGUACCGGUGGCGGCUCGGCGCAACAGCAGCAGCUCGAUUCUUCGGUCGAUAACGAUGGCGCCACGGGUCCGGGACCGUCGUCGUCCAGCUUCGGCACAGGUUUGUUCGAUGACAACGAAAAGCUGUUUCAAAUACGCAUGAUCCUCGAAAAGAACCAGAGCAACCAGAACAAACAGCAGAUGUUGCAGCACCAGCACCAGCAGCAGCAGCAACAGCAAAUGCAACAAGCUCUAGAAUCCCAGCUGGCAGCAUACGAUACAGCGAGCACAGUGAACCAAGGUAUGGGACUACAGCCCGGAUCGGCAGCCGCCUCUUUGGCAGCCCUUUCCCAGCGUCAUAACACAACCACGGGCGAUCCGACGACUGUUGGUGGCGAUGCAUCAUCAUCCGUGCUCGCUCCAGAUCAGCAUCAAAGGCAGCAGCCAAAGCCGCACGACGGCGCACUAUCUUCGCAAGCGUAUGGAAUGAAUCCGCUAAACGGCACGACUGCCCCCGGUGGCAGUCAAGCGCUGUCGCAAACGCUACAAAGUCCAACGACACGCCGCAAGAACUUUAGCUUCGUUCCCAUCUCCGAGCAGCCGCAGCGUGCCGGUGGUACGAGCGGAAAAAAGCUUUCGGGGAGCGGCAACAUCAACCACACACCCACCGACAGCCCGUUUGUAAGUCCGCGAAGCACGCCGAUCCACCGCAAAGCUCACAAAGCAUCGAACGGACUAACGUUAAACUUGGGCGAGAACAAGUUCAGCAACCAUCAGGCGCACGGACACCACCACCAGCAGCAACAGCAACAGCAACAACAGUUGCAGCUCACCGGUGGCGGUAGCUCAUACAACCAACAUCUUCCGCAACAGCCGCAACAGUCGCACCAGCAACAGCAGUCACGGUCCUAUCUGGGCGGGUACAUUAAGAACGAACUGCCGGCGUCGGCGCCACCCAGCCCUUCCAUGAUGCAACCGUACCGUUUCGGACCGGUAGGCAUGAAUGGGCUAACCUGUGGCAUCACCUCUAUGCCGACCACCUUCCAGCCGAUCUGCAAUCCACACGGAAGUCUUUCGUCGGCCGGCGGCAGCGGCCACAGUGCGCCGAUGUCGUCGCUCGAGUCACGCUCCAGCAGCGUUCCGCUCAUCCCCAACUACGACGCGUACUGCAACUCUAACUAUAAUUCCGUCUCGCAAACGCCCGUCCCCUCCGAGUACGAUGAUUUCACUGAAACGAGCAACAUUUUCGACAUACUGCGCGAACAGUCCAGCCAGCUGACGGCAGCGGUCAAGAUCGAAGAAUCGGAACUAACUCUGCCCGAUCUGCUGCCCGACCAGCUGCAGCAGCAGGAAGACGGUGGCGGUGGAGGAGCAUUCUUCACACGCUCGGCCAACUAUAACAUCGUUUCGCGUUCCGUUCCCUCCACGCCGCUGCCACAUCUGGGUGGCUUUAGGGCGAGCGGGUCAAGUGCGGCUUCCGGGACAGGCAACUGCCUCGGUCCGAUGGGUGGUGGUGGUCCCGGUGGGCUCGGGAUGGUAGCGACCCGUUCCAUGUUUGAGCUGCCCAAAUCUGUCCCCUCGACGCCGAUCGCCCUGAACGAGGGCAGCUGCCAAGGUGACUCGAUGUUCCAGUACAGUCCGGAAACGUCCCGCGAUUUUCUCAUCAACGGGAACUCCGUCGAUCGCAGCAAAUCAUCUGCCGCUUCAUUCUAUUCCCCGGUGGCCGGUGGCGGGUCCGGUCCCGGAACCGCUGGUACGAACGUGUCCGGUUCGCUUGCGAUGGCCACGAAAGGAUCCUCCGACCCCAUCGGCGGUGGAAACGUUGCAGCGGAACUCGGUGCGUCACAUGCGACCGGUGCCGGUGCCUGCUCGGUGCAUUCCACGUCCUCCGGCACGGCCGACCCGAUCGCACCACCGUCCGCCGAUCUGGCCAGCGUGCUUUCCGACGGCAUCGAGGGCCUUUCGAACGAGCUGGACAGCAUGGCCGACUCAAUGAUCAAUCCCGACAUCUUGCGGAAUCUGUAAACUGGUCUGUUCCACGCCGACGGUGCUCCACCCGAAUCCCGAGGCAGGGCAACAUUGUGGCUACAAUGUAGGUCGACGUUUUAUUUGUUUGGUAAUUUAUUCACCACGUGCCGCCGCCAUCAACUGCGGUCGAGAUUGUGUGCUUGUCUAUAUACGUCGUACAUAGUAGUGCGCACCCGAUCGUUCAUUACCCUACGAUCGUCCCCGGCCGACGCGCGGUACGGAGCGCUGCCUGGGCGGGGCGGCCAAGCGGCGGGAACGUACUGCUCUCCCCAAUUCUGUACUCGCAAAUGUUUCGUCUCGUUGGUUAGGUUUAGCAGCUACUACACUAGCGAUGCACUUAAACCCCUCCCAACGCUCGCCAGCUCAAUGAGUGCUAUUUAGAAGGAGCAUGCGAUGCAUUUGCUGCAUCUACACUGCAGCUACUGCAGCAUGAGCAGCAGCAUCAGCAUCGGCAGUGGUGGUAUGCGGGAGGACGGACAGCAGGUUCAACGACGCUGCCGCCGUACAUUCUCCCGACCACUCACACAUGCACGUGCCCGGAUGCACGGAUCUCGCCGUCGCCGUUGUGACAUUGGCCUUGAAAUAGUGCACACACUUUCCACACUUGCGCACAUCCAUACCGCUCCGUGACGAUGCGGUCGGUCGGUGGAGGGAUGGAUGUUGGCGGCGCGUAGUUUAGUUCUGCCGGCCGGCUGCUAGCUACCCUUUACCGUUUAAAGCUGUGGAAGCUUUCUCCGAGAUAGACUGAGAGAGUAAGAGAGUGAGAGAGCGAUAGGAAAAUGGGGCCGGAGCUCUAAUGCGGGUUUUUGGAUGCACAUUGCAGAUUUUAUUAGGUCCCCCAUCGAAUGCACCCGGAUGACGUGGGCAAGUAAAAUGGAGAACGGAAAACAUUCGUUUGUGCCAAGAACCAUUUUACGACGCGUUUGUUAACUAUUUUUAAUCAUCUACACAGAUACACAGCUGCACCCGACAUUUUAUCAUGGAAACCUUAAAGGAGGGGGAGGUUGAUCAUUUUCUCCUUUUACUAUUUGACGCUCGAUUUAAGCAUGAAAUGCUGGAACAUUGUAACAAAUUUAAAUCCUGUGCGAGGUGCGCUCAACAAGUAGUGGGGUUUUAUAUUCGGUUUUGGAAAGUUUUUUGGAGAGUAGACAAUGAAUGCAAUAUCAAAAAAUGUCUGAUAAAUAGCUUCUUUAACUUGUGUUAAUAUUUUCAUCAGCAGUUCACCUGCUGAGGUUGAUGAGCCUAGGGCCAAGAUAAGAAUUUAUUUCAAACACCCUUCGUGCAUAAUUUUAACUUCGCAAUUCGUCACACAAACACGAACCCCUGGGGGGGGAGGUGAGCUAAAGAGAUUACCCACGCUAUUUAUUGUUAUUACAAUGUUCCUCACAAUGUGCUGCUACUGCUUCAAUACAUUCCAACCGAUCGAAAGUUGUUCCCUCUACCACGGCCACACGCACCCGGUUGUGGUCACUUUGGCAUGUAAAUUAGCAGUUGAAAAAUCAAUAAUCCUCGCCACCAACAAUCUCGAUCCUCCUCCGCACGGUGCAACCGGAGCGUUGAUUUACGGUCCUGUACGGCGUUUGACUCUCGUACACGUGCCAGCUGCUAAUAGGCCAACAAGACACACACACACACACACACACACACACUCUCACGCGGGCAAUACAAAGUUGCAUGCUGUGAUGAAACGGGCAGAACAAACAGCAAACAAAAAAACUAGAGACGAAGAACAUUUUGUGCGCAGUGAUCAUGUGUGUGUGGAAAACUAGCUUCCAGACGUAUUUUAGUAAAUUAUCUUCACCCUAAUCCCAUGAUGAUGGGGUGUGAGUCACGGCGAGUAAUGCAGCUGCUUUACCACAAACGUACUUGAUGCCCAGACCCACUCGCAAUUGAUAAUAGGCGACCGCUGCAAACAAGAGCAGCCAUAAAUAUUUUCAUUUGUUUAGAAAAGAAAGGCUGGUAAAAUGUCCUCUUAUCGUACGGCGAUACAUUGUUGCUCAUCAACCACCACUAUUCCGCCACUAUCGAUAAGAAACACUAUUGCCAAUUCAAUGGCGGGGUGUAUUGCGUCAACAUGGCUAGACUUGGCCAUGCUCGAGCGUCCAAACGUUUGAGCUGGGAAAACUUUCGCACUCCAGUGUACGGGGUGUUGAAGUAGCAAAUCUUACCUUAUCGGACAUCUUGUGAGCGGUUUUGCUGGAGCAAGCGUAAAGUGAAGCAGCCCUUUCCUGGAAUGACAGUAUGGUGUGUUGCGAUUAAAGGGAGCUGGUUCGAUUGAUAAGCACAUCGGCGCACGUGCAUCAGCAUAUGCUAGGGCCGCCGAAACCUUCACCACUCACGUGGGUGAAAGUGAUCGAUCGGUCGGUGCUGAUAUGGCGUCGAGAGCUGGUAUCGUUUUUUAUCAUAGAUUCAUACGGCAGUGAUUAAAGUGUUGGUGACACACAAGCAUCACACCAAGUUGGACCUUCGUUGCGAGAGGAAUGCAAGCAUAAAGGGCUCGGAGCAUGUAUGAGAGCAAGCGAGAGCGAAACAUAAAAGGCCCUGCCCUUGAACGGUACCACAAGUUCAUCGACUUUGCCGGUUUGUUAUGUGCCUCCACUGCCAUCAUAUGCAGUUCCGGCAGCGUGACAAGCCGGUCCGCCCGACCACACCACCGUGUGUUGUGUAACGAAUCUCGCAUACACUGGGGGCCUACGGACUGGCUGGAAGAUGACCCGCUUUGGUGUGUGCGUGUGUGUGUGUGGCAGGAAGCAUGACGGAGCGGUCAUCCCUUAUAGAUAUAUCCACCCGAAGCACCACCGUCACAAUCGGUCGCCGGUGCUAGUAGCAGAAGAUGAUUAUUACAUUGCACCGGCUGUAACGUUUGAUGAUGUAUGUGAGGAACCCCAGCCCCCACAUGCAACAUGCAGGUGUGUUGCAUCGUACUAUGUGUUUAAUUUAUACUAUCACUAUCGAUCGCGAUGGCGUCACUCGCUGUGUGCCGCACGUCAAUGUGUCGUUUGCCACUUCUGUGCUCUCGCGAAGAUCAAGCCGGGCUUUUGUCCCGGCGAAGUAGUGCAGUGGAUGAUGGAAAAGUGCAUAAGCAGCACACCUCUCCCCCGGCCUCCAGACCGAUCGGGAACCGCUCUCUAUCAGGGGCGUUAUGUAAAUGCACUUGCACUUAGGGCAGCUGAUUAGAGGCAGUGGUUGGGAUAGCUCGGGGAGGGUUACCAAGGCCUUGGUAACAAAAACCUUGUUUGCAUCGUAUCCCGAGGGAUUGCAGAACAGUGAACGGGGCAUUGUUUGUUUUUUACUUGUCCGACCUCUGCUGGCUUUACCAGCAGUUUACCAUUGAUAUCAAUCCCUCCGAAUAACUUAUUCAACUUCUCCACACCUACAGAUUUAGAAUUUGCUGGAAUCUGAACGGGAGAGGCGUCAGUGACGUUGGACCGGGAUACAAAUCCCAUCCAGACGCAGGCCUUGACUGACUGACUACCUUGCUAAGAAAUGGCAGGUCCAGGCCUUUCGAGGUUUUAGUGAACAAGGAAGGAAGAAUCUGAACUAGUGGAGAAGACUGAUUGUCAGAUUUUUAUAAUGUUGGACAUAAACGAUGGCGAUUGGCUUGAGGCCAAUUUUUCACAGACCUGUUUUACUGUUUGUGAAACCCUUAAUGGAGGCCAUUUUGUUUUUCUAAACUGUUUCCAUAGGGUGUUAGCUACUGCACUGGCGUGUGCAUGUGUCUGUGUUGGGAGUUGCAAAAGUAUAUUUAUUGGUUGGGUUUUGUAAACUCUCCUCCUCCCCCCUCCUCCCAGUGUGCCAACCUGUCCCAGUGUAAUAUCGAAAGCAUCUCAAUCUCGACGUGCAGAACCGAUAAAGCGAGCACACGUGGACAAAAGAGCUGGUGCAGGAACAGAUUUAAAGUUUAGUGAUUUAAAAGUUGGCCGAAAAACAAACAUAUUCUACAUAAGAAAAACACACACAUACACACAGAGCUUUUAGGGAGGUUCCAAUAGGAUGAUGAUGAUGUGUAGCGGUAGUGAGUAGUAAGAUAAAACACGAGGAACAAAACGUUGCACAAAUUUGAACGUAAUCAAAAGUAAGAAACAACAAACAAAGAAACACGGAAAAAAACGGUUUACAUCUCGGACCAAAAUUUAUUUACAAAUGAAUAGGCAAAAUUUAACGAAAGCAAACGAGUGGAAGUCUUCAGCGUUACGGACGCAAAAUCAAUUACAAAUCAAGUGCUAAAAAAGAAUGGAAAAAAGAAACAAAUUAUUAACGAAACUUUAGGACAAAACAUAAAAUUUAACCGUGUUUGGCGUACUGUUUAGGUAUCUUUGGAAUCUAUGAUUCUGGUGCGAUUCUGGGGGGGGGCUUUUCACCCUUCUUCUCUUUAACACAAAAGGUGCAAUGUUGAGCUAGUAAGAAAGAAAAAACCGAACUGAAACAGCAAGUUGAACAGUAUACCAGAACACCUAGAUCAAUGAGCGAAAUCCCACCAGAAAGCGCGAGCGCGCGUGCAUGUAUGAAUGAAUGGCAAGAAGCCGAGGACCGGAAGGAUUAAAAAUCCACCCCAAUAGUGUCGAUUUAAAAAGGGGAUGUUCGCACGCUAUCCUCCCCCUCCCCUCCCCUGCACGAUAUAUUACUCUACCAAUCGGUGUGUGUAAAAACGUAGAAACCCUUAACGCAUACAAAGCCGCCGGCGAGAGAAAGUCUCGCGCGAAACGGACACGGAAAGCAAACGGAACACACACACACUGUGUGUGCGCUGCGAUACAGGUUCCGUUCUUCAGCCACAGGGUAGGCGAAACGAUAAUCCUUAAACACCCCUAUGUUUCUAGUUUCAUUCUCCCAGAGAUUCUUGUCCACUUGUACACAUGUUGGGCGCAUGUUAGCGUAACCGCAUAAACACACACAGAAAGUGCAAAUUAAUUGUUAAGUGUUGAGUUGUUGCAAAAAAAAAAUUAAUCCACGUUACAUUUAUGUUUUGUUUUGUUGCUUUAUCGCUAAGGCGAGAGAGAGAGAGAGUUUUGUACAAAGGAAGCGAAGAUCGUAGCCCCACGUGGAGGUGCACGCACGUGUCGAUCGAUCGUGCCGUGAUCGAUUAUUACCAGCGUAUAUGUAGGCGCUAGAAUACAACGAUAACAAGUAAUCUAUAUAUAUUACCGUACAGGCGACGCGUACCGAUCCUUGCAAAGGAAUAGUUUAUUUUUCCUCCUUUUUUUUAUUGAUUAGUUGUUAUUACUUGUUUGAUUGUUUGUUACAUUUAAUCGCGCUGCAGUGGCGCUUUUUUACCACAGAAAAGUACUAAAUAAAAUCGUUAAUCCGUGUACGCGAUCGUUCCCAGAUUUUUGUUCUUGUUGUUUUGUUUGGAUUUUAACUAAAGCGAUCCAAGGGGUUAGGUGUGUGGUUUUUGCUUUCCACUUUGCCACAGCAUCAAAGAAUCGAACAAUUAGUAGGGACAGUAGGAAAAUUUGGCAAAAAAACAAAACAAAACAAAAAGCGAAAGGGAAAAGGGCGUUUUUACUUUUUCGAGCGAUUAUAAAUCGCUUCGGGGCGGUAAGGCUCCGAAUAGUACGAACAAAUGAUGGUGAAAACGAAAAAAAACUCACAUAAACACACACUUAUAUUCAUAUGAUGGAUGUGCCUAAAACAAUAUACGAACAAGCUAAACACACAAACACACAUAUAGUGGAAACAGUUGUAA